UUAACUCUCCAUGUCAUUGGGGUGCUCACUGCGAGCUUAUAUGGUUGCCUUUCCUCCUUUAUAUUUUUACACACUCUAGUGCCCAGCUAAAAGCCUCUCUAUGUUGUUCGUUCAAAAUAGGCCUUGCGCGCCUUUGGCACAAUAUGAUUAGUUCUAACUCGUAAUGAAUACCUACGUAAAUAUAAAAGACAAAACUGGCAUAGAUUUUCUAACAAUAUCUGACAUUUGGCAGUGAUGCAUUUCCUACUGUAGAAAUAACUAACUCACAUGUACAAGUUUUUUACAUUUAUUUUUGUAAUUCUACAAAUACAUCAACAUGAAAUCGACUUCACAUUAAAUGGCAAGUACGGAUACAAAUCUAUUUUAUUUGAGAUACUUUAUUGUUUGGGGCCAACAGAUGUACACUUAAGUAAAACUGAGUAUAGCAAGUCCCAAACAAGUAAUUAAAAAGCAUGUAUGAACACGUAGCCAGCAUUUUACCUGUGCGCAAUAAAAGGUUUCACUAAUCCGCGGCAGCUUGCGCGUCAUAAACCCAAGCAGAUGCAACUGUUGUGAAGUUUACCUGCCACCACGCAUAUAAGCACGGCGCUGCAUCUGAACUCUGCGCAUUUUAUGUUUGAUUUUGGCACGGCCAACAAGUCAUAUUUCGCGAUGGUGCUUGAAACCGAUAUACGGAAUAUUGUGCAUACCCUAAAGGAUAACUACAGCCACGCGGAGAUCGCACAGAUGCUGGAAUGUGAUGUUGAAAGCGUGACGAGCUGCCUUACCGAAACUGAGCAGCAUGAUGGCAAAGUGGCUGCUAAAUUGCGGCUGAGGCCGCUGCCCGAAUUGCAGAACAGGCGGGAAGUUGGACGGCCGAAAGUGUUCGAAAAUCGUAAGCUGGUCGAGCAGAUGCUCUGCGAUCAUCCACACUAUACGUCCAUAGAUGUGCAGCGCGAACUGCAGACGCGGUUUGGCAUUGAGGUGAGCCGUCGCACGCUUCAAAGGCGCAUCAGUGAGAUAAGGGCGCGCCCAUUUCCGCCAAAGAAUCGAGGCUUGAGUGCGACUGUACGGCAGAGGCGCCUGGAAUGGGCACGCGCUCACGAGGAAUGGACGGUGCAGGACUGGCGCAACAUCUUCAACAUGGAUGACCAGAAAGUUAUGGUAGGUUCCACGCCCAAAGAAAUAUACUUGGACACAUUGGUGGGCCCCGAUUGCGGCGAAUGCAAUGAUUUGAACCUGCUGGAGCAACUAAUGGCCAUCAUACAGCCCAAGAUACAAACUCAGGCGCCACAAAAUGUCUACGAGUUCCGCUCUGUGCUCUAUGAUAUUUGGCAUAGCGAUCAGGAGCUGGUGAACAAAAUAGAUCAUCUGUACGAGUCGAUGACGUGGCGUGUGGAGGCUGUCUUACAAAGCGGCGGCGCAGAAAUUGACUUUUACUAGACGGCCGAGCUAAUUG